UAACAUGAGGCCAGCCCUCCUCUACGGGAAUCGAUCCCGGAACCAGUGUCCUUGGCUACUGUUUCCAGACGGAAAGUUGAGGAAGGGACCCAUGCCAGGAGGGGGAGCGGUAAGAGGAACGGACACACCGACCGUCGCUCUCUAGACUGGGCUGCCGAGAUGUGGAGUCGCGUCUCUGCAGUCGGGAGCCGCCCCCGCCCCCGGCUCCUCUCCUACCCCUGGGGCGCCCAGGACCCGGCGGCGGGGGCGCCGCGGCAGGAGCAGGGGCCAGGCAGUAAAACACAAAAGUGCGUUAGCACUAGCACUGGGUUCUACAACAAAGAAGAUGAAUCUGCCACUUCUACAGACAGUAGUGCUGAGAAGGCUUCAGAGAAUCAGGAGAAGGCAACACCAGGAAAUACAAAGAAGAAUUUGUUGAACAUUAUUGGUGAAAUGAAAGUAGAAUUAAGUUCAAAGAAGAAGUUCCAAUUCCUAAAAAAAAUGAAGACCACGAAGCAAACCAAGGACCAGCCAGAAAGUUUGGAGAGUGCAAGUAGCAUGUUUCAGAAAGCUACAGCAGACAGUAAAGCUAAGAGGAGCAAGCCUCUCAAUCCAGAAUUGGUGGAAGCUGCCUCUGCUGUUGCAUCUUCCUUACCUUUUGACAGAAAACAGACAGUAUCAGAUUUACUUGCACAACUAAAGAAGCAUGAAGAAGCCACUGAUGCACAGAAAAGAGGGGAAACAACUAACAUAAGCAACAUUAUUGCAGACAUGAAGAUUGGGAAACGCCAUCUCAACCGUGGUGUAUCCAGGCCAUCCAGUCAGAUUUCAUUUGAUGACGAUGAUGGGCAAGGUGACAUGUCUCAAAGAGGUAUCCUGUCUGAAUUUCCUGGAAGUAAAAGAGGAGCGCUUCACCUGGGAAGGAGGCUUAACAUUUUCCCUGUUUCUCCCACUGUUACAGAAGGGAAACCUGAAGCAGAGUCUUCACCUACACUCUGGGAUCUGGAAUUUGCUAAUCAGCUUGCAGCAAUAAAUCAAAAGCCACCUCGGAAUGGUUUUGAAGAGAUGAUCCAGUGGACAAAAGAGGGAAAACUGUGGGAGUUCCCUAUUAAUAAUGAAGCGGGUAUUGAAGAUGAUGUUGAAUUUCAUGAACAUAUCUUUCUGGAUAAAUACCUAGAAGACUUUACCAAGCAAGGACCUAUUCGCCACUUCAUGGAACUAGUGACCUGCGGGCUUUCCAAGAACCCAUAUCUAAGUGUUAAACAAAAAGUUGAGCAUAUUGAAUGGUUCCAGAAUUACUUCCAGGAAAAGGAGGAACUUCUUAAGGAGAUUGAUGAUCAUAAGAAAGAAACAGACCUUAGUCUUGAAAGGAAGAGUCUAUCAGAGUAACAAGUGGUCGCUUUAAAAAAACCCAUUGUGUCAAUGCAUAGUAAAACAUUAUAAACACCUGAUUUGAAAGAUGUAAUUGUAUGAACUUUUUAAAAAAAGCUAAAAUUUGCCACUCUUCUGUUAAUUUGUAUACAUAAAAUGGAGGGAAUGGUCUGUACAUAGCAAAAAUGUCAUUAAUUCUGCAGUACAAAUUCCCUGAUUGACCAUUUAAUUCAUUUUAAGCCUAUCCAAAAUAACCAGUAAGUAGAUUUCUCAGAAUGGUCUUUAUUUUACUGGUUUCUGCUGAAUGCAUUUUGGAAUUUGAUACGGUCACAGAAUCUAGAGAUGAAAAAAGGCCAGUAGUGUCGUCGACUCCACCCCCCUGCCAAAUCAGGAUUGUUCCCUGUUGCAUAUUAAUACUUUGUGUGGUUUAUUUUUAAAUAUGCUAAUUGCUGGUGGGUGAUUCCACUGUUUCCCUUGAGAGACUGUGUUCUGUGGCCUAAUCUGGUUUACCAUUAAGAAGUGAUUUUAUUUUUUUUAACCUUCUUUCCUCUCCAGAAUUCCCUCCCUUCUGCUCUCUGCAGCACUUUAUUAUAUUAAAAUAUUUUACUUACAUAUGG